UGCUGUCCACUGCUGCUGCUGAUUGGCCACGCACCGUUUUUAAGAAGGGGACGCUGACCAAACGGGCUUUGGGCGGAGAGAGGACCUUAACCGGCCGUGAACAGGAUAUAGCAGCAGAACACUUCAGCGACAGGAGGCGUGAGCAGGACUUCUGCGAGGAAUAAAUCCACUGAAUAACUUUCACGAUCCGGUUAUUUCUUUCGUUUCCAAUUCAUUUCAGCACAAUGUUUUCGGUGUGCUCCAAGACUUUGCUGAUGGUUGCCGUGUGCGCAUGUGCGGCUGCAGCUGCGGGACCAAACAGAACAGCACAAGGACGAACCUUUGGUUUAAGGGACAGGUCCUUUGUCCCGACUGAUGAACCAAUACCGGAUAAUCAUCUUGAUCUUGAUGAUAACUUGAACAGAUCUCAUCGGUUUCCCCCAAGAAACAUAACCAGAACCAAAGUGCAGGAAGUCUCAGAAGAAGCACUGCAGUUUCUCACAGGCCCUUUGUCCACCAUCCUCAUACCAUCCUUCUAUACGCUGGUCUGCCUUAUAAGUGUGCCCAUCAACAUCUGUGCAGUGGUGGCCUUUGCAGUCAAAAUCCAGCCCAAGAAACCAGCAGCAAUUUAUAUGAUGAACCUGGCCUGUGCCGACCUUCUCUUCGGUGUGCUGCUCCCCUUCAAGAUCGCCUAUCAUUUCAGCAGCAACAACUGGGUCUUUGGUGAAUUAAUGUGCCGCGUGGUCACAGCAGCCUUCUACUGGAACAUGUAUUGCUCUGUUCUAAUCAUAGCCUGCAUCAGUGUGGACCGUCUCCUGGCUGUGGUUUACCCUAUCGACUCCCUGUCUUGGAGAAGGCCACGCAACGCUAUCAUUGCUUGCGUAGCCAUGUGGGUCUUGUCGUUUGUUGGCUCUGUGCCUCUUGUCCUCUCCAAUCAGACUGUUUACCUCAGCCAGCUGAACGUUACGACAUGCCAUGACGUCCAACAAACCCAUAAACUCAUCGGGCACUACAGGAUCUACUUUGUCAUCUUUUUCUGCACCUUUUUCCUACUUCCUUUUCUCACCACCGCGGUGUCGUACACUCGUGUCAUCUGGUCUCUGAACAGGGUCCCACAAGGUGCUCUGGGACGUUCACGCAGACGAACCAGAGCACUGGUGAUGGCCACAACUGUGCUGGUGAUAUUUGUUCUAUGUUUCCUACCCACAAACAUCCUGCUCAUCACACACUAUCUGCAGUUCAGUGAGGGUGUGGAGAAGAUCCAGGACUUGCCCGAUGGCUCCUACGCUGCUUAUCUAGUCUUUCUGUGCUUAGGAAGUCUAAACUGCCUCCUGGAUCCUCUGGUCUACUACUUUGGAUCCUCCCAGUGUCAGAGACAACUCUCCAGCACUGUGAGGUGUCAGAAGAAUUCAGGGAACCAUAGUUCCUCAUCCAGUUCCCAGCAUUCUAGCAGCAGAGCAAUUCUGAAAUCCAGACAGCCAAACAACACUCAAAUAACCAGCUUGGACUCAUUCCAAGACAGCCAGUACAAGAAACUGCUGGUCUAAGAGCUCAGCAGUGAGCAGUUGGUCUUCAAGAUCAUGUGACCGCCACAAACCACAGUUCAAUUAGAGUUCACAUUAAAUAAGUGAUUCCAUGUUAAAAAUAACUGUGUCUACAGUUUGCAUGUCAUACCAAGACAGUGUCUCAACUGCUGAGGGCUUUUCGUUGUGAAUGUGGUGAGAUAGGAAUGCGGUUCAGGCACAAACCACACCUGGUUAUGAUUAUUGCUAUCAUAUGUUAAAAAAUGUGUUUUUUUCCAAGGAGGAAUUAAAACAUUUGGUGCUGUUUCUAGAAAGUGCAUAAACUAGUUAAUUUUUAGUAACUAUGAACAGCCCUUGUUUAUUUACAUUAGUUUUGUUUCCAACUUGUUGGAUCAUCAGAUCAGUGAACAAUGACAAAUAAACACCCUUUGUGUUCUAGUGAUAACAAAAGGUCACAUAAGUACUGAAAGGUCGGGAUGUGUUCAUCUGAAGUAUAAAAUCUCUUUAGACGUUAGUGAACAUAUAGAGUGCCCUAAUGGAGUCUUGACAUAAUGCACUCUCCCCAAAACUCCCUGUUGAAACUUUGGGGAUUUUUUUUCCUGCAAAGAGUGUGUCAGAACUCGCUGUAAAAUAACUGACUCUGAAAUGUCAAGUUUUUUUUUCUUUUAUUAUGAGAAGGAACUUUAAAUUUAAAUAAUAUGUAUAACGGCUGAGCUGAUACUAUGAAAUGCUUUUAUUUUGCACUCUUUCUAAGCUAAUAAGUAUUACAUACAUUGAAGGCAAUAACAUUAUAUUUUAUAUAUUGAACUAUCUAAGAUACAUUUUUUUUAAUCAAGCACUUAGUUUCUAUACGUUAUUUUUAUGUACAUGGGUCUGUUAUUGUGCUUUAGAUUAGUGCUCGGGGUGAAGUCGCUCCCAUUAUUGCGUAGUCAGCUCAAUGCUACCAUCUGCUGGUGUAAAAUGUGGACUGUUGAAUAUGUAUAAAUAAACUUUUUUUUUACACCAAUGAGA